AAAACAGGUGUUCUAAGCGACAUUAAUUAGACUAUCCGGUUCUCUAUGCAAACGCUUAUCUUCGUAUUUUUAAGCUGGCUCUGGGUGGUUGAAUGCAGUAGCUACACAACAUGACUUUUAUUAGGAUGCUGCUUUUACCAAACAGGAAGAAAUUCUGUUCUGUGGCGUUUACGGCCGCACGUUUGUGCAGCAGCUGCCCACCAGCUGCGCGCAAAAACCCGGUGGUUUACUUUGAUAUUUCUGCUGACAACGAACCGCUCGGCAGAAUUAGCUUUGAGCUUAAUGCAGACGUAGUGCCAAAAACAGCAGAAAACUUCAGAGCGCUCUGUACAGGAGAACAUGGCUUUGGCUACAAGGGAUCCGUUUUCUUCAGGGUAAUACCUCAGUUUAUAUGUCAGGGUGGAGAUAUUAUUUAUAACUUUGGAGGUGGUGAUAAGUCUAUCUACGGAAAGAAUUUUCCCGAUGAGAACUUCAAGCUGAAGCACACUGGACCAGGUAUCCUGUCCAUGGCCAAUGCCGGACCAAACACCAAUGGAUCCCAGUUCUUUAUCUGCACCACUAAAACAGAUUGGUUGGAUGGCAAGCAUGUUGUCUUUGGAAAAGUAAAGGAGGGAAUGGAUGUGGUCAAGAUAAUGGAGUCUUUUGGUUCCAAGACCGGGUACACUUCAAAGAAGAUCACGAUCACGGACUGUGGAGAGCUCAAGUAGAUUUAAUGUGGAUAUGUUCAUUGUCGAAUCUCAUUUCCUGGUGAAUUUCAAUAGGAUGGCCAAAGUGAAAGAGGUUUGCCUAGAGUGCUUCCUCUUUUGCUGAGUGUAGAUAAAUGUAGCACUUCUUAGUUUUCUGUUUCAAUGCCAUUUUAUGGGUUUUUUGCAUGGAAAGCUACAUUCCUAGCUUUUCAUUUUCAGUAUGAAGUAAGUAGCGCUGGUACAAGUGCUUUUAAGAGAUUGGGGUAAAAUGUAAUUUCUGCCAGUGGGACACUACUUCCAGCUGCAAAUUAAAAUUUGCAUGGACAUAAAACUGAAUGCACCCGCAUUCCAAUCAGUUUGCGAGGUGUUCAGCUGGUCCUCAGUUUGAGAACAGGGUGGGAUGCACAUUCUGGGGGGUUACAUCAGGAAAGGGCAUCUGGUGUUUAAAAAAAAGUCUGCCAAAUCAGAUAUUGACACUAUAGCAUCAACUGAGAGAAGAUUUUUUAUCUCUCUGCCUAUAAAAUGACCAGCUUUAUCACACUUUUGUACUUGGUAAUGUUCUGGUGGCUGCUCUUUGAAAUUAACAAAAUAAAAUAAAAUCUAGCAUUUACAAACUAACUGUCCAAAGCUUUGCUGCUCCCCAGCUCUACUGCUGAUAUCGUCCAAUAUUUGCAGGUUUGCAGUUUUAUGCACAGGGCUAGAGAUCAGUGAAUUAGCUAAAGAUCCCUAUUCUGAUAUUUGUGUGUACAUUCUGCAUAUAGCAUGAUGCGUGUAUAACAUUUGGUUACAUUUUUUUUUUUAAUCUGAAAGGUAUUCUGCCAGUAUGUGGAAUCAGCACAGUUUGCAUGUUUAUGUUUUCAGAUUAUUGACACAGCUGCAGUUUUAUAUUUAGCAAAGCAAGACAAUUCAAUGAACUGCCCAGUAGGAGCUGUGUUGUCACUUGUUAAAAUUAGAGGGAUACUCAAAUGUUAAAGAUCAAGGUUUGCACCAAUGACUGUUGGUUUGCACACAGUGACAGCAACACAUUCAU